AUGUCCAUCUCCAUCCCCCAAUCACUCAACCGCAUCACCGACACGUGGUCCCCGCACCUCAUCGCCCGCGUCAACGGGCAGCAUGUCAAGCUUGCCAAAAUCGACGGCUCCUUUGUCAUGCACGCGCACCCGGCCUCGGACGAGCUCUUCUACGUCGUCUCCGGCCGUCUGACGCUGCGCUUCGAGGACCGCGCCGACGUGCCCAUGCGCGCCGGCGACGUGUACGUGGUGCCGCGCGGCGUCCGCCACUGCCCGGUCGCGGAGCCGGCGGCCGAGAUUAUGCUCGUCGAAGCGGCCGACACGGUGAAUACGGGCGAUGCGCAGGUGUCUGCGCGCACGAGGGAGGUUAAUACGCAGUUUUAG